CUGUAGGUGGCUGCCAGCCAGUCAAGAAGAAACAAAGGUUUCACACCGGGCUUCUCAUAAUACAAAGCAUCCAAGAUUCAGCGUGACUGGACUUGUUUCAGUUCCUGAUUCUUUCCCUGCUGAGGACUCCACUUCUUGAAUAUUCCACGAGCCAUACUGAUUCCUCCCAUCCGGGUCUCUGGAGCCUUAAGGACAGUGAGGGUAGACUACUAGUGUGACCCAUACUGGACUUCCUAUAACACAUAUCUUGUGUUUGACUUUGUCCUCUUUUUAGCAACCUGGUGGUGCUAAGUCCAGGAACAUUAGCUAUCAGUAGUCAUGGCCAGAGCCAUUGAAAUACCUGUGAAUGCUUAUGGUGUGAAUGAAACUGCACUAGGUUUAUGGUUGACUCUGAAGAGAAGGAAGCCCUUCCUUUGCAGCUGUGGUAAUAUUCUAAGUAAACCCUCCUCCUUCCUUUGAGAACAUCCCUCCGGUUACACAAUCGUGUGUCAGAUUUGCACAACAGCAGCUAGCUUCAAUGCAAAGACAGCUAGCAAAACGUCAACUGUCAAACAUACCUACGACAAUCGAAGGGCUUCCUCUCUUACAUCACAUGCUCUCGUGCUCUGUGCACCCUGACCCAGUUUUGCUUUCUAACCUGCGCCUUCCAGCAGUCAGCGGUGACUUAGACUCCGGGUUCUAAUGUGUCCUUUCUGGCUCCUGGGACCAUCGCACGUCACGUUUUUCUGUACUUAAGGGGCAUGAUCUGAAUUGAAAGUAAGCAUGCUGGUUUCCAGGUCUGCAGAGGAUAUAUGGGAAGGAAAGCACCUGCUGUUUGGGGUGAUAAAAGAUUUCCCUAGUGCCCAACGCAGAAUUGCUGUCUUCUUGAAUAGUUUCAGGGCCUGCCAGUUAAAGAACCUAGAGCCAAGACGACUGGCCGUGGUGGGAGAUGAGGAGGACCAGAUCCCAACACCGUCCUGGAGCUGUUUCCUCCAGCCCCCGGCACACUCUCUUUGUGUGGGUUAUUUAAUAAAUUCAUUUCACAACCCAUAGAGCACAGUAGGAAACAAUGCAAUUACUGAACCAUAGGAACACAGCUGCCAACACCGUGUUGAUUCAGAAUUGUCCAAACACUUGCAUGAGGGGGCGGGACGGAUGCAAUUUGCUGGUUCAACAGUUGACAUUGAUAAAUUGGAGUUUCGUUUCCUCUGCCUUCUGUUGGAGGUACUAAUGAACAUUGAAAGGCUAGAGAAACAGAGAGGGAAGGGAGACUCUCGCCUCAUCUGCAUACUAAGUAAUUGGGCCCGGGAAACUCGACACCAGUAGGUAAUGAGUGGACAUAUUUGAAGCCACUAAUAAAAGCCAAAUACAAUUAGACUUGUGAAAUAUUAAUUCUGCCUGCACAUGGAGUGGUCUAAGAGUCUUUAUCCUCGGGAGAAAGUAUUGCUUUUUCCUAAUAUCCUUUCAUAUGUUUUGUGAAAUGUUCUUUUGUGUUAAAUGAGGCAUUGUGCCAAGAUUCCUUGCCUUCUGGAAAAUGAUCUUUUAAGGUCUCUUCCAAGCUCUGUUUUUUUUUUUCUCCUCCCCCUUCUGUGGCAUAAGAAUUUGCCUGAGACAGUCUGCUCGCCCUCACAGGCUUCUGUUUUGUACAACAUUCAGCUCCUCGUUCGCUCAACAAGUGUGCGGUGUGCCAGAAAUAAAGGAGGUGACCAUCUGGAAGCAUCCCCCGGGCCCCUCUCAUGAGCUGCCGGUCUAGCAGGGACAUGGGAAUGGUGCAAAAGCUCGAUCAAAAACUCCCCGUGGCGAACGAGUAUCUGCUGCUCUCUGGAGGGGUCCGAGAAGGCGUGGUGGACCUGGACCUAGAUGAGUUAAACGUCUAUGCCCGGGGCACUGAUUACGACAUGGACUUCACCCUUCUGGUGCCGGCCCUUAAGCUGCAUGACCGUAACCAGCCUGUGACCCUCGACAUGCGCCACUCAGCCUUGUGCCACUCCUGGCUGAGCCUCCGGCUCUUUGACGAGGGGACAAUCAGUAAGUGGAAAGACUGCUGCACCAUCGCCGAUCACAUCAACGGGGCCACCAACUACUUCUUCUCUCCCACCAAAGUGGCCGACUGGUUCUACGACUCCAUCAGCAUCGUCCUCUCCGAGAUACAGAAGAAACCCCAGAGGGGGAUGCCAAAGGUGGAAAAGGUAGAGAAGAACGGGACCAUCAUCUCCAUCAUCCUGGGUGUGGGGAGCAGCCGCAUGCUGUACGACAUCGUCCCAGUGGUGUCCUUCAAAGGCUGGCCCGCGGUGGCUCAGAGCUGGCUCAUGGAGAACCACUUCUGGGAUGGGAAGAUCACCGAGGAGGAGGUCAUCAGCGGCUUCUACUUGGUGCCGGCUUGCUCCUAUAAGGGCAAGAAGGACAACGAGUGGCGACUGUCCUUCGCCAGGAGCGAGGUGCAGCUGAAGAAGUGCAUUUCGGGCAGUCUCAUGCAGGCCUACCAAGCCUGCAAAGCCAUCAUCAUCAAACUCCUGUCAAGGCCCAAGGCUAUCAGCCCCUAUCACCUGAGGAGCAUGAUGCUCUGGGCCUGUGACCGGCUCCCCGUCAGCUACCUGGCUCAAGAAGACUAUGCAGCCCACUUUUUGCUGGGCCUCAUUGACGACCUGCAGCACUGCCUGGUCAACAAGAUGUGCCCUAACUAUUUCAUCCCUCAGUGCAACAUGCUGGAGCACCUGUCGGAGGAGACCGUCAUGCUCCACGCCCGGAAGCUGUCCUCCGUCCGCUCCGAUCCUGCAGAGCAUCUGCGCACCGCCAUCGAGCACGUGAAGGCGGCCAAUCGGCUGACGCUGAAGCUCCAGCGUCGGGGCAGCACCACCAGCAUCCCCUCCCCGCAGUCGGACGGAGGGGACCCCAAUCAGCCCGAUGACCGUCUGGCAAAAAAACUGCAGCAGCUAGUAACUGAGAAUCCAGGGAAAUCCAUCUCGGUCUUUAUUAACCCCGAUGACGUCACGAGGCCCCAUUUCAGAAUCGAUGAUAAAUUUUUCUGAGUGUUUUGUUGACUUUUCUCUCCCUCCCACCCCCCCGUAUCUUGGUUCUAAAACUUACAUAGUGUGAUUUGUGACUGUCAUUCUGUUUUUACACAUCCAGAUGACAUUGGAUUUGGUAAGAACACAUCUUAAGUUUCCUGGUUCUGCAGGAUGGUGUGGGCUCUGAGACAGUAUUAACUACUAUUUCACAUUCUGCCUGACUUUGCUGUUUGUUUUCUAGUUAUUUGUGGACUUCGAUUUUCCUUGGUGUUCAUUUUUUAAGGAGAACUUGAGCCAUAGACGACACUGCCCAUGACUCCUCUUGCUUGCUUUCUAUCUCACACCCAGUGUAGAUUUGUUGGUGGGUUUGGGGGAACACAUUUCAUCCUGGCAUAUGCAAAUGUACUCUCUUCGGUUUUUGUUCUGUCUUUGACCUUGUUCUUCUCCUGAGUUUUCACUGAGAGUCCUAAGAACCUGCAGGCCCUGGGUGUGCUGGCUGCAUUUAUUUCUUUGCACCAGCAGUCAGAAGAGUUUCCCCUUUUCUACUUCAAGAGAGAGAGAGAGAGAGUGUGUGUGUGAUGUGCAUUGUGUUUCCAAGCAACCUCAUUGAAUGUAAUUGUCCUCGAAUCAGCAAACAUUGGAUGGUUUGGAGGGAGGGUUUGAUAGCUUUCCAAACAGAAUUAAGGUUUCCAAAUGUUAGUUUUAGUGUUUGUAAUUAUUUGAAGCCUUAUUUAAAUCCUAUUAAGGAGCACACCAUUCUAAUUGUUAUUUGCACUAAUGCAGUCUUUGCCAUUGUCAUAGCUGCGAUGUGUGUUUGAGCACCCAUUAACAUCCCUCUGGAAAAUGCCGUUGUCGCUUCUCAUGUAGUCUAGUUCUCCCGGUCAGUAGGGUGAGUCUCUGCAUUUGUCUAGUUCUCCUUUAAUUGUGGGUCCCGUUUUGCCCUCUUUGAUAGCUCUGGUUUCUGCCUUAUUGUGGGGAGUUCUUAAAGCUUUAUACCUAUUCACCGAACAUCUGAAGCUGGGGGAGAUAAUACUUGAUAAAGUGGGUAUCUUUGUAUUUAUUUCUGUGGGGGGAAGGGGGUCCUAGAGAUCUUCUCUUCCCCUUUCCUUUUAUAAAGUCUCUUUACUUCUCCUGAGAUCUGACAGGCAGAAUUAUCCCCAGAUUGAAGAUAACCGUGCCUGUCCAAAGCAGGUUUCACUGUAGAGCAGGAACCAGGAAAUACCUAAAUUGCUCUGUCGGAGUAAGGGAGUCCUAUUAUCUGACAGAAACCAUUUGCCAGGCUUAGGUGCUUCAGGGCGUGCUGGCCCCUGUUUUGGUGUGAAUUCAAGGCAAACCGUGGUGCUUGAGCCGUGGACGGACCUGCUGAUCUAGAUGACGCCAAUGACCCCAUGCCUGCUAAUGGAAGCGUCAAGCAAGCCACGGUGGCUGUUUCAGUCUUGAACGUCCAGACUCAUCGGUUGUAUUUUGGCCAGUUGGAGUCAGGCUCUUGGAGUUUUGCAUGGGAAUUAAUGUAAUGCUUAUAAAUCACUCAACAAUCUCAAGUCAUACACAAAAAUAAAAAAGAAACAUACUGGCCUUGGAA